UUGACAGAUGACAGUCGAAGUGACAGUUAAAAUCUAACCUAAAAACUUAAAAAGUGUAAAAUAAUGAAACUUUCUUGUGUGUUUUACAGGUGAUUGCUUAUAUUAUAACUAUUAUAAUCUGCGUUGGAUGUAGUUCGUGUAAACACGGCCACAUAAAUAUGUUAAAUGGGACAUCAAAGGCAGGAAUCACUGAAAUUUUGUCGUUUUUGGACGAUAACACCGUUUUAUCUUUGGCCACUACUGUAACCCAAGGAUUACUCAAAAACAGGCUAAAUACCCGUGAAGAGGCUGUCAAUGCUGUUGUGAACUACUCUUCAGACGCGCUUAGUGUUUUGCGCCGGAAAAUUAUUACCAAGGAAAUUUUGUUAUCUUACCUUUAUAAGAAAAACGUUAGUGUUGACUUACCGGCAUCUAAAAUAGAUCUGGUUCAAAAGACAGCUGAUUUUUGGAGUAUCCAGUACACUCACGAAUCUACUAAUACUUAUUCCAAUACAGUUGAUAGUGGUUCGAUUAACCAACUUGCUGAACAGUUUGCGCAGUGGUUUUAUACCAUGUUGAACAAAAAUGAAUGCAUGAAUCAUGAGCAUUUUUACCCUGAUGCAAAAAUUCAAAUUACUAUGGUAAAUAGUGGACAAGCUACUACUGAAGUGAUUGAAGGAGAUCCAUUACAAAUAGUUCAGCGGUUGUUGCUAUUAAGGAUGAAUUUUAAUUUAGUUUUUAACCCAAAUUUAUCAGCAGGGGGAGUACAGGGAAGAGUAGACCCCCAUGGUUUAGUGUUGGUGUUAGUAUGUGGAACCUUGCAUGCACAAGGUGCAUGUGUAGGGAUCUUUGAACAAGUUUUUGGAUUAGUAAGGGAUCCACAAGUUAGUAACAAUUGGAAAAUUAAAAUGAGUGAAAUUAACUUAAAGAGUCAAACUGGGGUUACAGGGCUACCUACUUUAGAAAGUACUAACCUGUUGAGGUUGACUUCAUAGUUAUUAACUUUCCAUAUUAAUGUAUAUAAUUAUGUAAUUUUUAACAUACAAUAAAUAUUUAUUUUUAUAUUUCUUAA